UCUCUCUCUUUCUUUCUCUCUCUCUCUGGGUAUAUACAUUUAUAUAAUGCGGAGCCCGCGGUUUUUCUGGGUGGAGGACCCGAUCGGAAAAUCGCCGGCGAUUUGAUGGAAAGGUUUCAAAUUUUAGUGUUGAAGGUAUUUUUUCAUGGAGUUGAGGAUUCGGUGUAGUCGAUGUACCGCUGUUGCUUCGAAACCCAGGUUUUGGACUAAGCUUCGACUGUCCUUCGUUGUUCUCGAGAUAUUAUUUGUAUUGGUAUGGUUACAAGCUGCUUAUGCAACAUCCCCAGAUCACAAAUUGCAGUGGCAAGUCUUGGAAAAGGAUGGAGAAAACAUUCUAUCACAUUCUUGUAUACAUGACCAGAUACUAGAACAGAGAAAGCGACCUGGUCGCAAGGUGUUUUCUGUUACUCCGCAGGUUUAUAAGGAGUCUGAUCUUUCAAAACCCCUUCACCACAAGGGAAGGGCAUUGCUUGGAAUUGGCGAAUUUCCAAAUCUGCAAAAAGAUGUGAAGCAACCAAUUAGAAUUUACUUAAAUUAUGAUGCUGUUGGUCACUCGCCUGAUAGAGACUGUCGAAACAUUGGUGACAUUGUUAAGCUGGGGGAACCUCCUGGUGCUUCUUUUUCGGGCACGCCUUCUUGCAAUCCGCAUGGUGAUCCUCCAGUUUUUGGUGACUGCUGGUAUAACUGCACCUCGGAUGAUAUAGCUGAGGAGGACAAAAGGCAUCGGCUUCGCAAGGCUCUUGGGCAUACAGCCGACUGGUUCAGAAGAGCAUUAGCUGUUGAGCCUGUAAGAGGGAACCUGCGUCUGAGUGGAUAUUCUGCAUGUGGACAAGAUGGAGGUGUACAGCUUCCACGAGAAUAUGUAGAAGAGGGUGUUUCUGAUGCGGACUUAGUUCUUUUGGUGACUACGAGACCUACAACUGGGAAUACUCUAGCAUGGGCAGUGGCAUGUGAACGUGAUCAAUGGGGUCGUGCAAUUGCUGGACAUGUGAAUGUUGCUCCUCGCCACUUGACUGCUGAGGCAGAAACCUUACUUUCAGCUACUCUCAUACAUGAAGUGAUGCAUGUUCUUGGAUUUGAUCCCCAUGCCUUCUCUCAUUUUCGAGAUGAGAAGAAAAGGCGGCGUAGUCAGGUUACUGAACAAGUCAUGGAUGAGAAGCUUGGACGGAUUGUGACACGCGUGGUGCUUCCCCGUGUUGUGAUGCAUUCACGCCAUCAUUAUGGGGCAUUCUCUGAGAAUUUCACGGGUUUAGAGCUAGAAGAUGGUGGUGGCAGGGGCACAUCAGGAUCCCACUGGGAAAAAAGGCUUCUAAUGAAUGAGAUCAUGACAGGCUCAGUGGAUACAAGAUCAGUAGUUUCAAAAAUGACCCUGGCUUUACUAGAGGAUAGUGGGUGGUAUGCGGCUAAUUAUAGUGUGGCAGACGCUCUUGACUGGGGCCGCAACCAGGGAACUGACUUUGUUACCUUCCCUUGCAAUCUCUGGAAGGGGGCGUAUCAUUGCAACACCACACAGUCAUCUGGCUGUACAUAUAACAGAGAGGCAGAGGGUUACUGCCCUAUUUUAAAUUAUAGCGGGGACCUUCCUCAGUGGGCCCGUUAUUUUCCACAGGCUAACAAAGGUGGACAGUCGUCAUUGGCUGAUUAUUGCACUUAUUUUGUAGCUUAUUCUGAUGGAUCAUGUACAGACACUAACAGUGCACGGGCACCUGACAGGAUGUUGGGUGAAGUGCGAGGACAUAGUUCAAGGUGUAUGGCCUCAUCAUUAGUACGUUCGGGAUUUGUACGGGGUUCAAUGACCCAGGGAAAUGGUUGUUAUCAGCACAAGUGUGUAAACAACUCGCUAGAGGUUGCUGUGGAUGGUAUUUGGAAAAUAUGUCCUGAAGCUGGUGGACCCAUUCAGUUUCCUGGCUUCAAUGGUGAGCUGAUCUGCCCAGCUUAUCAUGAACUCUGCAAUGUAGACCCAGUUGCUGUUUCUGGGCAAUGCCCCAACUCGUGUAAUUUGAAUGGAGACUGCAUUGAUGGAAAAUGUCACUGCUUUUUAGGCUUUAAUGGUUAUGAUUGUAGCAAACGCUCGUGUCCUAGCAAUUGUAGUGGGCAUGGAAAGUGCCUUCAUAAUGGUCUAUGUGAAUGUGAAAACAGAUACACUGGCAUUGAUUGCUCAACAGGUAAUGUCAUAGUUUCUAAAACUUGUCAUCGGGCUGUAUAGUUAGCCCCUUAAAAUUGUGUUUGUGAAAAAGGUGGUUCCAUAGCUGACAUAUUGUACCAGUCUGACGAUGCUAUAGUCUGAUGUGUGGCUAAACAUUCAGCAUGAUUCAUUAAAGCAUGGUGGGGUCCAGGGUGACCAAUAUACGCUGGCACUUUUGCUUUGUGAAAAAUUGACUAGCCUGAGUGCAUUACUGUAGUUAACUAGUUUAUUUCUCUUGACACGCAAAAGAAUAAUGCAAUUUUCUGUUUCAUGCAACAUUACCCUUGGGCAUGAUAUGCAGCUAUUUGUGACGAACAGUGCAGCCUCCACGGAGGGGUCUGUGAUAAUGGCGUCUGUGAGUUUCGUUGCUCUGACUAUGCUGGUUACACAUGCCAAAACAGCACCAUGCUCCUUUCCAGUCUUUCUGUUUGCCGAGAUGUUCUAGAAAGAGAUGCAUUGGGGCAACAUUGUGCACCCAGUGAAUUGAGUAUAUUGCAGCAGCUAGAAGAUGUUGUUGUCAUGCCAAACUACCAUCGAUUGUUCCCUGGUGGUCCACGGAAGUUUCUUAAUUAUAUUAGGGGUCGAAACUGUGAUGGAGCUGCUAAGCGGCUAGCCUGCUGGAUUUCUAUCCAAAAGUGCGACAAGGAUGGUGACAACAGGCUACGGGUGUGUCAUUCAGCAUGCCAAUCCUAUAAUUUAGCAUGUGGAGCAACGCUCGACUGCUCUGACCAAACACUCUUUAGCAAUGAGGAUGAAGGUGAGGGUCUCUGCACAGGCUGGGGUGAUGAGAUGGAUUCGUGGUUUUAACGGCAUUCGAAGCAGCAGCAGCAGCAUAUUCUAGUUACAAUUCCUAAAAAGGGAAUUCGUGUAAAAUUGUAGGCAGCUUAAGGCCCAUCCUUGUUUUUCUUUUGGUUUUGUAUUUCUAGGUCUUCUUAGAAGGUAGAAAAAUGUGCACGAGUUGCAGGGUGCAUCAUGUUAGAUUCUUUUUUCCUUCCCCCCGUCCAAAAGUUAUUUAAAAAAGAUUGGGCGGGGAUUUUUAUCGAUUGGCUUUCGAAGAUGAAAGUCUAGAUGUAGAGAGAGAGAGAGAGAGAGAGAGAGAGAGAGAGAGAGAGAAUGUGUGAAAUUGGGUUAAAAAAGGUGAAAAAAGUAAAGGAAGAAGAAAAGGGUUUGUUGAGAUGAGUGAGCAAGGAGGAUUCGGCCAAAGGCCCUGAAAGAAAAGCAGCUUCUUUCCAUUAUGAUCUGUCUUUGUUCAUAUUUUUCUUUGUCCACUACUACUUUUGAGUCUUUGAAUGAAGUACAUGGUAGUGAGCAGAGACAUUGAUGACAAAUAUAAAUUCAUCUUCUUGCUGCAUCUUUAGGAGUUUUAAAUAUUGUUGAUCUAGAUGAAG